AUGGGGAAGAAGGAAGGCAGAGAAGGCCAGAAGCCCCCCUCCCCACCCGCGGGCCAACCUGCCUCCCGCUAGCCGGCCGGGCGCCUUACCGAGUCAGACCACUGGGAGGCUGGGGGAGCCGGGUUGGGCGAGGAGGCGAGCGAGAUGGGGGAGCUCUUAUUUUGACAGGGGCCUCUCCGGGCUCUGGUAUGAAGGCAGAAGGAGGCAGCCAGAGAGCCCCGAUGCUUAUUCAGGCUGGGGAGAGGAGCGCAGUGGAGGGGCGAGCGAGGCUCCGGCAGCGCAGGGGAGCCCGGGGAGGCGGCGGCGCGCGGCGGAGCGAGUGGCCGGACAUGCCCCGGACCCGGGGCCGCUGCACCACCGCCGCCGCCCGGAACCAGCGGAGCGGACGCCUGCACGCCUGGGUCCCCCGGCGCCGCGCCGCCCGGGGGCUGCGACCCGGACCCUCCGCGUCCGACCAACAAUAAGCGCCCAGACAGCCCCCUCCCCGCCCCGCGCCCGCCGUCUCCGCGGGCCUCGGGGAAAGUGAAAGGAGGAGGCGAAGGAAGGAAGGAAGGAAGGAAAGAAGGAAGGAAGGAAGGGAGGGAGGGAGGAGGAGCAGGAACCGGAGCGGUGAGGUUCGGGGCCGAGACCUCAGCCCCGAGCCCCCGGCCGGGCGGGUGUGCGCGCUCUCCCGCCGCUGCCGGGCGCCCACGACCAUGCUCCGCGAUUGGGAGGCAGGAACCUAGGCGCCCAGCGAUUCCCGGAUACCCUCUCUCUGGCCGGGCUGGUAUUUGAGAUCAAGGCGUCCAGGAUCAAAAGAUCACCGCCUGCCCGCCUCCCUCCGCACCUCCAACUGGCGAGAAGGAGGACCCCAAUUCACCCACCGACCCUGACUUGGUCAUGGCGUCCAGCUCCGGCCUGGCGUGAGGACCCCCGACCCGCGCGAGGGAGGCCCCAUCCCAGACCACACCCUUGAGCCCGAGCCGACACAGACAGAUUCCAGAGUCCCUGCUCCAGUACCGAGUACCUGGCUGGGCCCUGGGCACGCACGGGGGCCGUAGCCCCACUGUGUGUGGGAGCCAUGAGGAUCCUGGCUAACAAGACAAGGUUACCCCACCCCAGGAGGAGAGAAGCUCCAGGGAGCCCGCCGCUGUCCCCUCGCGGCCACUGCCCCCCUGCCCCAGCCAAGCCAAUGCACUCAGAAAACAAAUUGACCAAUCAUGGCAAGACAGGGAAUGGCGGGGCCCAAUCCCAGCACCAGAAUGUGAACCAAGGACCCACCUGCAACCUGGGCUCCAAGGGCGUGGGGGCGGGGAACCAUGGGGCCAAGGCCAACCAGAUCUCACCCAGCAACUCAAGUCUGAAGAACCCCCAGGCAGGGGGGGGCCCUUUCAGCUCGCUCAAGGGCAAGGUGAAGAGAGAGCGGAGCGUGUCUGUGGACUCUGGAGAGCAGCGAGAGGCUGGGACCCCAUCCCUGGAUUCAGAGGCCAAAGAGGUGGCACCCCGGAGUAAGCGGCGCUGUGUGCUGGAGCGGAAGCAGCCCUACAGCGGAGACGAAUGGUGCUCAGGACCUGACAGCGAGGAGGACGACAAGCCCAUCGGGGCCACCCACAAUUGUAAUGUAGCAGACCCCACCAUGGCGGCCCCACAGCUGGGUCCCGGCCAAGCCCCCCAACUGCCCCUCAGCGAGAGCAGCACUCCAGGCCCCCUGCACGGCCCCCCUCCAGGCCUUCGGGCUGAUGCCCCUGGGGCUGGGGGUGGGGGCGUCCCUGGAAAGCCUCCUUCCCAGUUCGUCUAUGUCUUCACCACCCACCUGGCCAACACGGCGGCGGAGGCUGUGCUUCAGGGCCGGGCAGACUCCAUCCUCACCUACCACCAGCAGAACGUGCCUCGGGCCAAGCUUGACCAGGCUCCCAAGGUGCCACCCACCCCCGAACCGCUACCCCUAAGUACAUCAUCAGCAGGCACCCCACAGUCCCAGCCCCCUCCGCUGCCGCCGCCGCCACCUCCCCCUGGCAGCGCCCCCCCGGCCCUGCCCCCAGAGGCACCCCCUGAGGACACCAGUCAGGACCUGACGCCCAACUCGGUGGGGGCUGCCAGCACAGGUGGUGGAACUGGGGGCACCCACCCGAACACCCCCACAGCCACCACCGCCAACAACCCUCUGCCUCCUGGAGGAGACCCCAGCAGCACCCCUGGCCCUGCCCUGCUGGGGGAGACCACCACAGGAAAUGGGCAGCGCAGCCUGGCAGGCUCCGAGGGCCUGUCCAAAGAGCAGCUAGAGCACCGGGAGCGUUCCCUGCAGACACUGCGAGACAUCGAGAGGCUGUUGCUCCGCAGCGGGGAGACGGAGCCCUUUCUCAAGGGGCCCCCCGGAGGUGCUGGCGAGGGGGGGCCACCAGCACAGCCCCCUGCCGCCCCCCAGCAGCUGCCGCCAGCCCCUCCUGGUGGGCUGAAGAAGUAUGAGGAGCCCUUGCAGUCCAUGAUUUCGCAGACACAGAGCUUGGGGGCCCCUCCGCUGGAGCACGAAGUGUCUGGGCACCCCCCAGGCGGGGACAUGGGACAACAGAUGAAUUUGAUGAUGCAGAGGCUGGGCCAGGACAGCCUGACGCCCGAGCAGGUGGCUUGGCGCAAGCUACAGGAGGAGUACUACGAGGAGAAGCGGCGGAAGGAAGAGCAGAUGGGGCUGCACGGGGGCCGCCCUCUGCAGGAAGUGAUAGGCAUGGGUGGUGUGAUGGUGAGGGGGCCGCCGCCCCCCUACCACAGCAAGCCGGGGGAGCAGUGGCCGCCCGGAGUGGGCGCCCAGCUCCGGGGGCCCAUGGAUGUUCAAGACCCCAUGCAGCUGCGGGGGGGGCCUCCCUUCCCUGGGCCCCGCUUCCCGGGCGCCCAGAUGCAGCGGGUGCCUGGGUUUGGGGGUAUGCAGAGUUUACCCAUGGAGGUCCCCAUGAACGCCAUGCAGAGGCCUGUGAGGCCAGGCAUGGGCUGGACCGAAGACCUGCCCCCCAUGGGGGGUCCUGGCAACUUUGCCCAGACCGCCGUGCCCUACCCAGGCGGGCAGGGUGAGGUGGAGCGGUUCAUGACGCCUCGGGUUCGUGAGGAGCUGCUGCGGCACCAGCUGCUGGAGAAGCGGUCCAUGGGCACGCAGCGUCCCCUAGGCAUGGGCGGCGGCGGCAUGGGGCAGGGCGUGGAGAUGGAGCGGAUGAUGCACGCGCACCGGCAGAUGGACCCGGCCAUGUUCCCGGGGCAGAUGGCCGGGGGCGAGGGCCUGGCGGGCACGCCCAUGGGCAUGGAGUUUGGUGGGGGCCGGGGCCUCCUGAGCCCCCCCAUGGGGCAGACUGGUUUGAGGGAGGUGGACGCCCCCAUGGGGCCAGGCAACCUCAACAUGAACAUGAACGUGAACAUGAACAUGAACAUGAACCUGAACGUGCAGAUGACCCCGCAGCAGCAGAUGCUGAUGUCUCAGAAGAUGCGGGGUCCCGGCGACAUCCUGGGGCCCCAGGGCCUCAGCCCCGAGGAGAUGGCCCGGGUUCGGGCCCAGAAUGGCAGCGGCAUGAUGGGAGGCCCGCAGAAGAUGCUCAUGCCCACGCAGUUUCCCAGCCAGGGCCAGCAGGGAUUCUCUGGGGCCCAGGGACCCUACCAAGGCAUGCCCCAGGACAUGGGCAGUGCCCAGGACAUGUUCAGCCCUGAGCAGAACUCACUGCCCCUGGGCAACGUGGGCACCACCCGGCUCAGCCACAUGCCUCUUCCCCCAGCAUCCAAUCCUCCUCCCGGGUCCAUGCAUUCGGCCCCAAGCCGGGGGCUGGGCCGGCGGCCAUCAGACCUCACCAUCAGUAUUAACCAGAUGGGCUCGCCGGGCAUGGGACACCUGAAGUCACCCACCCUGAGCCAGGUGCACUCGCCCCUGGUCACCUCGCCGUCCGCCAACCUCAAGUCACCCCAGACCCCCUCGCAGAUGGUGCCCUUGCCCUCCGCCAACCCGCCGGGACCUCUCAAGUCGCCCCAGGUCCUCAGCUCCUCCCUCAGCGUCCGUUCUCCCUCUGGCUCGCCCAGCAGGCUCAAGUCCCCCUCCAUGGCGGUGCCUUCUCCGGGCUGGGUCGCCUCACCCAAGACAGCCAUGCCCAGCCCUGGGGUGGCCCCGAGCAAGCAGCCACCUCUCAGCAUGAACUCUUCCACCCCCCUGGGCAACAUGGAACAGGGUGCUCUCCCACCUGGUGGCCCCCGGAGCAACUCCUCCGCACCCCCUGCCAACCCUCCCAGCGGCCUCAUGAACCCCAGCCUGCCGUUCACUUCCUCCCCGGACCCCACGCCUUCCCAGAACCCCCUGUCCCUGAUGAUGUCCCAGAUGUCCAAGUAUGCCAUGCCCAGCUCCACCCCGCUCUACCACAACGCCAUCAAGACCAUCGCCACCUCGGAUGACGAGCUGCUGCCCGACCGGCCCCUGCUGCCCCCACCGCCCCCGCCACAGGGCUCCGGACCAGGGAUCAGCAACAACCAGCCCACCCAGAUGCACCUGAACUCAGCCGCUGCCCAGACCCCCAUGGGCAUCAACCUGCCAGGCCAGCAGCCCCUGUCCCAUGAGCCCCCGCCUACCAUGUUGCCCUCCCCCACCCCUCUGGGCUCCAACAUUCCACUGCACCCCAAUGCGCAGGGGACAGGAGGCCCCCCUCAAAACUCGAUGAUGAUGGCUCCGGGGGGCCCAGACUCCCUGGGGGCCCCCUGUGGCCCUGUGCCCAGCUCUUCCCAGGUCAUGUCCUUCCCCCCUCGGCUGCAGCAGCCCCACGGUGCCAUGGCCCCCAGCGGGGGCGGGGGCGCGGGGUCCGGCCUGCAGCAGCAUUACCCCUCAGGCAUGCCCCUGCCCCCCGAGGAUCUGCCCGCCCAGCCACCAGGCCCCAUGCCCCCCCAGCAGCACCUGAUGGGCAAAGGCCUGGCCGGGCGCAUGGGUGACGCGUACCCACCAGCCGUGCUCCCUGGGGUGGCCUCCGUGCUGAACGACCCCGAGCUGAGCGAGGUGAUCCGGCCCACCCCGACGGGGAUCCCCGAGUUCGACUUGUCGAGGAUCAUCCCCUCCGAGAAGCCAAGCAGCACCCUGCAGUACUUCCCCAAGAGCGAGAACCAGCCCCCCAAGGCCCAGCCCCCCAAUCUGCACCUCAUGAACCUGCAGAACAUGAUGGCGGAGCAGACCCCCUCGCGGCCCCCCAACCUUCCGGGCCAACAGGGCGUCCAGCGGGGGCUCAGCAUGUCCAUGUGCCACCCCGGACAGAUGUCCUUGCUGGGCAGGACAGGUGUGCCCCCACAGCAGGGCAUGGUGCCCCACGGUCUGCACCAGGGCGUCAUGUCCCCUCCACAAGGCCUUAUGACCCAGCAGAAUUUCAUGUUGAUGAAACAGCGGGCUGUGGGGGGCGAGGUCUACAGCCAGCCCCCCCACAUGCUCUCCCCGCAGGGUUCCCUCAUGGGCCCCCCACCCCAGCAGAACCUCAUGGUGUCCCACCCGCUGCGGCAGCGCAGCGGGUCCCUGGACAGCCAGAUGGGCUACCUCCCGGCGCCGGGCGGCAUGGCCAACCUGCCCUUCUAGUGGUCCCUGCUGGGGCCGGAGCUGGAGGCAAUAGUGCAAACGCGAUAACCUUCGAGACCUUUCUUCCCCUCCGGUGUUGGGAUGGCCUGGGUCAG